UAAACAGGUGCCUCUGGGUCCAGCGUCUAUUGCAAGACCAACGAGCGACACGGUGACACCCAGAAUAUGAAAUCUUAAGUGAUACACAUCAAAAUUAAAACAAAAGUGAACAUGUUCUUACAAAUUUUGGUCCUUCUGGCAGCGUCAGGAUCUGUCGUUCUUGGCGAUGAAGAAGUUUUGAAAAAUCUAACAACCGUUACCUGGGCACAUGCUGUUAAUAAUAAAACGUACUUGCAAGCCGCGUUAGCGAGCGAUGUGCAGAUGCUUGAAGCAGACAUAGUCCUGGGCCAGCUGAUCGGCAAGGAAGGCCCGCCCAUUCCCGUGAUGGCGCACCCCCCGGCCACGACCUCCGACCUGUCUCUCGGCGACUUCUUGUCCAUAGUGGCGCAACACAAUAAGGGCAUCGCCAAGGACAAGCAGAAGGGCGCCAAGUUGGACUUUAAGAGCAUCGAGGCGUUUGAAAAAGCACAGGACUUAAUAGCACGGUUUAGUAAGCCUGAGGUAACUUUCCCCCUAUGGCUGAACGCAGACAUCCUGCCGGGCCCCGUAGCCGCCACGACCAAGCCGCUGGACCCCGAGAAGUUCAUCAAGUUGGCCUCGCAGCACCCGCGCGCCGUGCUCUCUGUGGGCUGGACCACGCGGUACGGCGGCAACAUCACCGAGGGCGAGUACACGAGGCAGCAGAUCGGGACCAUGCUGAGGAUGGUCAAUGCGCUUAAAGUUAACCAGACUAUAACGUUCCCUGUCCGCGCCGGCCUCGCAUCCAACAGCCAGCCGGUGAUCCUGGACUUGCUACGGGAGACGCGCGCGCUGGGCUCCUCCGUGACGGUGUGGGCGGCGGAAGGCGACGCGGUGGCAGUGGAGCGGCUCCGCGCCCUCAUCCUCACGGUCGGCCUGGAACACACCUACCUCGACGUGCCCGCAGAGCUGGCCGCGCGGCUGCAGCUACCCGCACCGCCUGCCACCCGCACCCACAACUAGGGAUUAUUAGUACUCUCUUUAAUUUAUUACCAUUUUAUAUUUCAACAAUCUAUAAUGCUUCAAGCUAGUGCCGGGAAAUACAAUAUUAGAUCACAGUAAAUUUUCAUAAAACCUAUU